AUGGAACCACAGAGCUCAAAAACGCUUUUGACGGAGGUGACGCGCAGUCAGAGCCAGCAGGGGAAGCAGAAGCGAGCGUUCAUGACGGCCCUGCGGCACACCUUCAAGUACGACAGCCUGGCAGCGGAUGCUGACGUCACCUCGGACAGCGACGAUGCGGCGAGCUCCCCCGCUGACGACCGGAGGCGAGCGUUACCAAAAGAAAUGAGCGGUCCAAUGGGAAGCGGGAAAGGGCCCCCGGUGGCGGAGGGGGAUGGACUGAAAGUGCAGCAUUUGAGCAGAGUGCAGAGCAGGAGGGAGUCGCGGAUGUCGACAGCAGGGACACGUGGCAGGCUGUCAGUGGCCUGGCAAGAUGAGUUGGAGCCGAGACGGAGCUCGGAGGGGGGUGGUGAGAAGCGGAGGCCCGCUAGUGAGAGCUCUGGGGUGCGGGGACUAAGGGAGAGUUCGGCGUCGGAGUUUGAUCUUCCCCCAGAAGGGAGCGGUUUGAGAGACCGGCGGAGGGGUGGAUCGUCUGGGGAUCUGCAAGCGGUUGUCCGGCGGUCCGAAAAGUGGUCGAGUGAAAAGUCUGACAAUGGGCGGUCCGAUGGGGUCAGGCGGUCCGAUGGGUCCAGAAACGGGUGGUCCGAAAAUAGUCAGUCCAAAGUGUCCGAAGAAAGGCGCUCUGACCAGUCUGGAAACGGCGGGUUUACAAGGUCCAAUGGCAGGCGGUGCAAGUUGUCCGAAAAGGGGCGCUCCAAAAGGUCCGGAAGCCGGCGGUCCGAAGGGUCCGAAAAAGGAAAGCCCGAACUACGUUCGCCGGUUCGCUCCGCAGGGUCAGCGUCCGUAAACAGUGUCCGAACUGCGUCGGCGCCGGGCGCCCAAAUUUCGGACGGUGUCAAGCUCCCCGUGCUCGUACAAGCUGGAAGGGCUGAACACACAAACUCACGGAACGCCAGCACUCCCUUGAUGCUGGAAAGCGUUCUCAGCAAGAUCGCAAGCGACGCAAACGAGAACGAGGCAAACCAAAUUGCGCAGCUCGAUAACAUUGCAAAAACCAGAGAGGCCGGAUUUAGAAACAACGCCUGGGCGCCUGAGUUUGAGCCCCUAGCGAGCCUGGUUCAGAGCCCCGGUUCUAAAGUGCCGCGGUUGCAGCUCCCUGGGGGGGUCGUAAGUAAAGGCGACCGGGUAAAUGAGAGUGGAUGGCUGGAGUGGCGCAUCUUGGAGGAGAUGCGGGCAAAGGUGGUGAAGGAAACGAAAGAGCGCGCAGGGAGCCCGGAGUUCUACCGGGAGGUUAGGAAGGAGUCGAAGGAGUGGGUAGACGCCAAGGAGGUUGAAUUUAAGAAGGAGCUUCGCAGGGCCUCUCCAGGUCUGCUGGAGCAACGGGAGGAGGAGUUCCUGGAGACGCACUCGCACAUCAUCAGCGAGUCGAAGAGCGCGCCGCUGCUGCUGCGCCACAUCGCCCACCGCGAGCAGGCGAUGCAACUGGAGGCCAAGCGGCUCUUCGACUGGGCGCUCACCAAGGUACACGCCAAAAUGAAGCGUCGGCUGAUGAAGCGCGCGCUCGCAGAGCUGUCCAACAACGCGCAGACCGCCAAAGCACGGACGAAAAGCGCGCGUUCCGUUCACGGAAUGAAGCCGGAAGCGGAAGCGGAACGGGAUGAAGAGUGGACCAUUCUGGGCGAUGAAGAAAACGAGGCUGGAACGGCGAGCGUUUCACGCCCAAGAAUGGAGCUGGCCUCAUCCCAGAGUCCGGUUAGCGCGGGUUAUCGUAACCCUCGAAACCGGUCGCCGGAAGAGGGUGGGUUCCUUGGCCGCAGCGGCGACCAGGAACCGUUGGAACUCGCUUUCGGCGUCACCGACUUGUCCGUCGUAGCUGCCGUCGGGGCGCAGGUUGACCAAACUCAGAACGAUUGCAACGAGUCGGAACGAGAUCGGAGAGGGGGGGAGCUACCUCUGGAAAAAAACGCGUUGGGUUACAGUGAGCCGGAUGCGAAGCUGGAAGCGCAACCUAGAUUAACAGCACACGUUUCGGGCGGGACGGGGCGAGCGGUUGAUGUUGACCUGGACACAGGGUUCGAAAGUGUCGUUUUUGAGGGGCUUUUGGACUGCGCAGACGAAGCGGGGAGUUGUCAGUCUGAAAAGGGCUUUGAGUCGGACCCGGUUGGGGCUGACGUCAUGACCAUGGCAACGGCCGGCCCCGCGAGCCGCGCGCGCGCCAACCCGACGCGGUCGCCGAAGAGUCAGGAAAGCGAGGGGGUUGCCUCAAGUUUGGAGGAACGAGGAGAAGGGAGUAGAGAGGAGCCGGGAACGAAGUCCGAUGGAACUAGUACGAGGGGAAGGCUUUCCGCGGCGGAGCGGCCGCACUCCGUCGGUCUACAACCGGAAUCUGCAGAGGGAGCGUCCCCUGCAGAUUCGUCCGGAGACGGGAACGACACGCUGCUUAGAGGUAAAUCUGGAAGCGCCAACACAGCGGAGGUUAUAAUGAAAGCCGAGAGCGAACGAGCUUUGGAGGAGAAGAGGAGAAGCGAGGUCUUUGGAGCGGAAAAGGAGAGUCGGGGCGAUCUUGCGCCCGAGACAGGGCGGCCGGACUCCGUCGUCAAAAAGCAAGCGGACAAGGAUUCCGAUGUGGGGGGAGAGAUGAAUGCAGUGGGCGGAAGCGAGACGUCGGAAGAACGGCCGGUUACGUCGUGGGGGUUUCAGCCAGGGUUUGGGGUGCGCACGCGCGCAGAAAGCCGACGGUCCAGCCGACGAGUGACACGUGGCAUUCGGACGGCACCCGCGCCGUCCGUCGCGGCCGCCCUCGAGGGCGCUGACGUCAGGAGGGCGUCAGAAAGUGUUGCAAUCCGGCUGUUGGCCGAUGUCAUUGAGUCCUCUGUUCAGUUAGCGGAGCAGUUUGAAACGUCUGCAAAAGAAAUUGACACCACGCCUUAUCUUCUGACGGAGGCCAGUCUGUUGGCCCAGUCCCAGUGUCAAAGCGGCGGGGGCGACCGGAGUCUUGCGGACGCCCUGCAGAAGGGAUCAAGGCAAAAGAAAAUUGACACCGAGACGGAUCUUCUGACUAAGGGCACUCUAGAAGCCCAGUCGCAGCGUCAAAUCGCCGAGAAACUGUCGCGGCUGGUGCAGCUUUCGUACUUAGCGAAGUGCAGUGAGCUGGACAUCGUUCCGCUCAGCCGGCUCCGGUCUCAGGUGCGGAAUCCGCUCUGCAAUCUUGCGCACUGCCAGUUAGGCCCGAAACACGGGCAGGCCCUGGCUUUUUGCCUCCAGAUUAACCCCACGGUUACCGCGCUAAACCUGGAAGAUAACGAACUCGGCAGCGAGACGGUGCGGCAGCUGGUGAGUUCCGUUGUCGGGACGAAGCGGAUAACGGAACUGGACCUGUCGCGGAACGAUAUCGGCUGGGAGGGCGCGGAAGCGCUCGCGCGGCUUUUGGAGAACUCGCCUGCGGUAGAAUCGCCGGAGACUGUGCAGACGUUUGUGCGGGCGUUUGAGAGCAGAAGGAGCACGGAGUCCGGCGUAACAGCGGAACGGAUCGACGGAAAGGAGAUGAAGGCGGGCGACCGGAAUGCUUGCGGACAACUGUCUGUCGAAGAUGACUUUCUGGGGACCGUCGAAGAGUGGGGUUUUACGAGCGGAACCGGAAGGUUAACGGACAGCCGCGGAACGGAAGCAAGCGGAGAGCAUCUGUCGGCUCUCGAAAAACGGGAGUAUCAGAGGCCGCAGGGCAUUCCGGCGGUCGUGCGGUUGAGUUUUCCCGCCGGAAUCCCAGCGGUGGUUCCGCUGGUUGCGGGGCCGGAACGGAGCAGAAGCGCCAGGCACAACUCAAUCGCAACUAGCGUCAGCUUUGCAGAAGGGCCCGAAGGCGACGCUCUCCAAAAACAGCCGCCGGGAUCGUGCAUUCCGUUGACCGUUGAAGGUGACAUUUUGGGCGGAACUGACCUCGCAAUCGGGCAGGACAGAAAGACGUCAACGGAGGCAACGGAGAGGCGAAGCGGUGAGGGGGGCCUAGAGAAUAGUCGAACCUCGGAUGUGGCACCACGUGGCCCAAUUGACGGUGCAGAAGAGGAGGAGUGGCCGUUGGAGCCGCACGAAUGGGUUGACACGGCCUCUCUGCGGCGGCUGACUGACGUGGAGCUCACAGAGGCCGACACGUGGCUCGAGCCUGAAGCACCGCCGCAGCCGGUCACCGAACGGGUCGCGCCGAAGAAGAAAGUGAGGAUGGCAGUCAGGGUUUCGGGAAAUUCCCGGCGGUUCACCCGGCGGAAAACCUCGAUGGGACCCAUUCCGGCGGCAACCACCGUGCUGGAGGCACCGGAACCGGAACCGGAACCGGGAAAGUCUGUCGAACCCUCCUUGCUUCCAGUUCUGAGCCGGUUAACCUUGACCGGGUGCAACAUCGGGAACAAGGGGGCGUCGUGCCUGGCGGAGGUGUUAACGACUCACCGCUCGCUAACCUACCUGGGUCUGGCCGGAAACGAGAUCGGGGACCAAGGGGCGUGCGCUCUGGGGAGCAUGCUGUUCAGGAACGAUACGCUAUUGGAGCUGGAUUUGAGCUGGAACAUGGUCAGGGCACUGGGGGCGCAGGCCAUCUCUCUGGGACUGGAAAACAACCGCGCGCUUCGCGCGCUAAACCUGGACUGGAACGGCCUCGAGGACGAGGGCUGCCAGUACCUCGGCGUCAUGCUGACGUCAAACCGCGCGCUCGCGGACCUGCGCCUAAACCACACGCGCUGCGGGCCAGCUGGCGCUCUCCUAUUGGCCGAGGGCGUCGCGCGCAACGUAACGCUGAAACGCCUGGAGCUGAAGGGGAACCCUAUAGGGGACGACGGCGGGCGGCACUUGCUGACUGCGCUGCAAUCGAACAAGGUUCUCGAGACGAUCCAAAUGGAGGGGAGUAACCUGAGCGUUAAAAGCCACGGCCAGGAGCGGUUCAACUUCAAGUCCCCGGAGGGGCACUACAAGCUAAACCUCGCAAACCCGGUGGACCGCGCGGUCGCGUCGCGGCUGUGCGCGCUCGAGGCGCAGAGCGCGGCCGCGCAAGCCGCGCUCGCGGCCGCGGAGGGCGGCAAAACCUCGCGACCGCAGAGCCCGGAGACAGCGGAGGAACGCGCCCCGGUUACUGCGCCGGUUAGCUGCUGGCGGGAAACCAAGCUCAAUAACUACCCGGUUAAGGGAUCCCCGGGCGCGAAGAAGUGGCCGGAGAAGAUGCCCAAGAAAGGCGUGCUCGAGUUCGACUAUGUCGCCUUCCGGGGGGGGCAUUCUCAAGCGGAGCUGACCCCCCUGGACCAGAAGGAUUUGGAGGACUUGUGCGAGCAGCUGUCCAGAGCGACGGUGUCCAACUUUGAGCGACUCAGCUUUGUGCGGCUCUUUGCGUCGAGUUGCUACUUCCGGAGCCAGCAGGCCGCGCGGUUGCUGCAGACGUUCAACCCCGGCGAGGAGCGCGUGCGCGCGAGCAUUCUUCUGUUCUGCCGGCUGGUGGAUAUGGAAGAGUUUGACGCCGUGCUGGGCGUCAUGAUCCGCCAGGAGCAGCGCCAGGCCGUGGACCGCCUCGGGGUGCACUACUAUUUCCGCCAGGGGCAGCGCCAGGCCGUCGAUCGCCUCGGCGUGCACUACUACUUCCACCAGGGCAAUCCUACCGGUCACUACGAGUUGAGUUUAGUUCUCCAGACCGACGCGAUGAUGGCGGCGAAGCUGUUAGAGCUCGCGGUGGAUGAGGGCGCGCGCCUCAACUGGCGCAACGUGCAGUACCGCGGCCGCGUGACGCACGCGGCGUUCGGCGCGCCGGAGGAGUGGGGGCACAAGGUGCCCAACCAGGGAGUUCUCAGGUUCGACUUCACCUCCUUCAUGCCGCCCCCCGCGGCCGCGCAGGCGCUUCCCGACGACGAGCUGCGCGCGUUCCUCGCGCGCGCGGGCGUCGACGACGCGCUGAAGGCGACGGAACUGCGCGUGUCGCUGCUGCGCGCGCACAGCACCAAGCUCUGGCUGACGUCAGACCAGGCGGUGUCGCUGGUGCGGAUGUUUGCGAAGAGCGACGAGCGGGUGGAGAUCGCGGUCAUAGCGUAUGCGCGCAUCCUGGAUAAGCGGCGGUUCUGGAAGGUGCUGUACGAGCUGAACGGGGUGGAGCAUUCUUACGCGACCUACCGGUUGGGCUUCCCGGUCGUGUUCGACAAGAAGCACGUGACGAUGCACUACAGACUGGACUGUAACAACCCGGAGCACCGCGCGAUCGCCCAGAGGCUGGUCGGGUUCGCUCAGCGAUCGCCCAACUACCAGACGUGGCACAACGUCAUGAUUGGCGGGAAGCGGAUGCGGUCCCAACUGGUGGAGGACAACACCAUGUGGUCCGUACUGACGACCACGUCGUUUGAGCCGUUGAUCGAGUUCGACAUGGUCGGCCCAGAUUUCUUCGAGCUGCUGGGCCAGCCGCAGCUGGCGACGUCAGACGACGACGACAAGCAGAAGGUGCAGCGCGAGGCGCUCCUGCGCGACCACGCGAACCGCCUCGCGCUCAGCCGCGCGCGCGCGUUCCACCCCUACUGGCUCGAGUACCUACAGAAGCGCGCGCGCGCUCAGACCGGCGGCAGGUCCGCGGCCGGCUCGGUCGCGUCGGUGACGUCACCCGGCAAGUCGGGGGCUUCAACCGCGCGCGCACAGAGCGCGGCCUCGCGUUCUGCUGGGGCUUCAUUCGACGCCAAGCUGACGUCAGCAACGAGAGGGUCGAAGGCGGCCGCGCAGUCUCCUCUUGCUGACGCGACCAGGGGAGGACACGUGGCAGAAGAUCCGGAAGCGAGCGCGCGGCUCAGCGAGACGCCGAGGACGAAGGUCAGCUUUGGGGACUCCGUUCCGCGACCGGCGAGCGGAACGGAUGGUGGAGCGGAACCGGCGCGGCCGCGGAGCGCUCUGUGGAGGGCGGAAAACGCGCGAGCGAGGCCGCCGUCGCGUGAGCUGCGCUUCGAAGACGCGCAGGAAAAACGGGAGAGCAUUAGGGAAGAAACAGAUGACGAGGAGACGGACUCGACCCAUCUAGCGGAAACCGGAACAGCGGACGGAAGUCACAACGACCGGAUCCGGAGUGAUGUUCGAAUACAGAGUGAGGAGGCACGGGAGAAACAAGAGGACCAAACGGGUCUGCGUAAGUCUUCCGACGGAUCCGCGCCAAACGUUGACGGGACGUUCGCAGGUCAGCGGAUCAGCGGAAUGAGGAAACCGUCGAGAUUUAUCAAGGCAGAGGACGGCUUGCCAGGGGAGUUGGUUGAGGUCACAGAACUAGUGUCAGGCCCGGACGGAGUGACCCCGACUGCGGACGCGUUGACACCAACUUCUGCAAGAAGCUCCUGGCUGCCACGGAACAACUCAUUACGGACGUCAUCGAUAGUGUCAAGUCGCUACAUCGCGACUCUUUCCGACAUCGGUUCCACGGAAAGCACCGAACAGUUUGAGCCAUUCGAUUGGGCCGAAAACCAAUCGAACGGCGCGGAAUGGGCGGCGCCGACCCACUGGAGCGCGAAUAGGCGCGGGCGGCCAAGUUCUCGAGAAGCGCCGGGCGGCGAUCCGGCGGGCGCGCGGCCGCGCUCGCGCGGGUUUGGGGGUUCGGACCGGUCCGAUUCUCCCAGUCGGCCGGGGUCGCGCGGCCGGAUCGCAAGCGAACGCGACGGCGGUGUGAAUGCGGACGGCGGUGUGAACGCGGAUGCCGGUGUGAACACGUUCGGCGGUGGGAAUGCGGACGGUGCUGCGGGUACUGCGGGAGGUGUGAACGUCCUCGGCGAUGUGAAUACGCCUCGUAAUGUGAAAUCGGGCCGAAAGAGCAGCAGUGGAGUCGGCAGAGCUGGAGCAAAUGCAGAGAAAGAAAAUGUGAAUACGGGCGAGCGGGGCGAGAACGGUAGUGUGAAUAAGCCCGGCCGUCCAUCGUCGAUAGAAGCGGAAGGCGUGCCAGCGGAGUCGCUGGAUAUGAAACAAGACUACCCCUCCGACUCGGAACCUCUAGCCGGUUCCAACACCGAGUCGCGAACCGCACACCGAGAAAAGCUCUCCCGUUCAAAAACGAGGUCGAAAUCGCGGUCACGGCAUGACCGGGGAAAGCGCUCUGGGAAGUCUGCAGGGCUCGCCCCUCAGAACUACCUCCCGUCGACUAACCGGAAAUUCCCGUGGCAACUAGGGUGGGACGCCCUGAUGCGCGCGAGCGUCGCGCUCGAAGCGCGCGCGCUCCCGGAGGGCACGUGCCCGCUGCGGAUCCUCUACGAGUCGAUGCGCAAGGAGGGCGAGCCACGUGUCGCGCUGGACGGCCUCAAGAAGGGCAUGAGGCAGCUCUGCGGUCUGCGCCUAACCCCGGCCCACGUGGCAAAGCUAACCGGGCGGGCUCACGGGGCAUCGGCGGCUGACGAGGCGCUGACGUCACGGUCCGGCAGCGAGUCCGGCGGCAGCCGACCGGCGUCGCACCGGCUGGCCUCCGGCGUCCGUCCGGGGAAGGCUGUUCCGGCGGAGGAGAAGGGCCCGGGGCAAAGGAACGGAACACCGGAAGUGAACCGGGUGCCCUCGGCCCGGGCGCGAGCCCUGACGGACGAGAGCAGGAGCGGGGGGAGUCAACCGGACCAGUUUCUCGUCGAUUGGCCGACCUUCGAGGCUUUCGUUAUGGAACUGGACGAGUCCCUUUUCAGCGUUAGUAAGUCAGAGAAGCAGUGA